CUGACAGUCAGCAGGUCACGAGCACCGGCUUCGUCAGACGGACAAGCGAAGCGUCACUACUCGGAUUCACGUGCCAGUCUCGCAACGGACGCCUCACGUCUCUGAAUUAUUUCAAACUUACCCGACGAAAGAGAAAGAAUGUGAACAACGUGAAAACGCUACAACGCCACCAUCUAUCAUGAAAAUCCAUCAAGAAGUAUCGGUAGAUGUAGAAUUGAUAAACGUUAUUCCAAAAGCGAAUUCUCUCUUACGACAAACGCAUUCAUGAUAUAUAUAUAUAUUUUUUUUUUCCCUCGUAUCGUAAACCUUUAGUGGAAAUAUAUCUAAGGAAAAUAAAAACUGAAACGUUGUUCUCUCGUUAAAUAGUUCGAGCAGUCUUUUCACCGAGCGCACGAGAUUAAUGAGCUUAUUUCUGAAUAAUAUGCCAGUCUGAAGCGCGCAUUUGAGAACCAACGCUCGCCACCGCCGUCUGUGUUACCAUGGCAGCUAACACGGGAAGAUGCGUCUCCCGGCAACACGUCCUCCUCUUAGUCCUCCUGAAAGCGUGCCUGCUGGGGGGGAGAGUCCUCGGCGCCUCCUCCUCAUCCUCCUCCUCCUCCUCCUCCUCCUUCUUCAGCACGGAGUCCCCAGAGAACCCUGACUACGUCGAGUACCACGACUACGAGGACUCCCCCCACUGUGAGCCCCUGGAAGGCGAGGAGUGCCAGGGCCUCGGCUACGACACCACGCUCUUCCCGAACCUCCUCAAUCACAGGUCUCAGGACGCGGCGCUGGAGGAACUCAAGGAGCUCAUCCCUCUGAUUGAGGUUGAAUGUUCAGAAGUUCUACGGGAGUUCCUGUGUUCACUGUACAUGCCGGUGUGCACAAAUUACGGCUUCCACUUGCCUCCGUGUCGGGCCCUUUGCAGGCAGGCAAGGGAGGAGUGCGAGCAGGCGAUGCUAUCCGAUGGACUCAAAUGGCCUGAUAAAUUUGACUGCACGAGAUUCCCCGAGCACCAUGAGCUCAUGUGUGUCUUGUCCCUCAACCAAAGUAACUUCCUGACCACGCCCAUCCCGACGCAAGCUCCGCCCAAUUUCUCUCAUUCCUGGAGGUCCGGCGCGUCCAUGUACCCUGCUGGCCCCUCCCUCACGCAGUGUGUCUCGAAUGCGGACUGCGUCUUCGAGAGAUCCGUGUGCCGAGCGGGCGAGUGUGUCUGCGAAUACCCGAGAACUUGGGGCCCGUAUGGGUGUGAGGAAACACAGAUCCUUGGCGGCCAGUGCACCAAUGACAACCAGUGCUCGACCGUCACCCCCAACGCCGUGUGUCUUGACAACAAGUGUGCUUGUAUCAGCCCGCUCACCAGCUACAUGAACCUUGCUUGCAUUCACGAGUUCGGCGGAUCUUCAUUCUCCAGCGCUCGGCCUCGUGAGCCUUCUUCCGAUACACUCGUUGCUUUCACGUCCUUUUCUCCUUCCAGUCCCAAAGGUAAACGCAGCAUCUUUAGGUCGGCAACUUCCAUCUACGUUUCCUGUCUCUUAGUUAGCUGUACUGUCUCCAUGCAGUAA